CGUCACACGUCGUUAACUCGGAAAAAUCCCAGCUCCUCAUUCAUCGCGUCGUCGUUCCUUUACAUUCACGGUUUUUCUUUCGGCAACAAAUAAACAACGAACUAACAAAAGUACUUGUAAACAAAGAUGAAACGUCCCGGAAACGUAGUAACAGCGUUUUUAACAACAUCGGCGCUGCUACUUUGUCUGCACUCAGUCACAGGUGAAUACUGUGAGGUGAAUCUCUGCCACAAUGGAGGGACGUGUGUGACCGGUGUCGGAGACGAUCCCUUCAUCUGCAUCUGCGAGGACGGCUUUGGCGGAGACACCUGUAACCUGACAGAGACGGGGCCGUGCAGCCCCAACCCCUGUAAAAACGAUGGCUUGUGUGAAGUCAUCGCUCCGACCAGACGAGGGGAUGUUUUCAACGAGUACGUCUGCAAAUGCCAGCCCAGUUUCGAGGGAGUGCACUGCCAAAACAAUGUGAAUGACUGUGCCCAUCAGCCUUGUAAGAAUGGAGGGAUGUGCAGAGAUCUUAAUGGAGACUACACCUGCCAGUGUCCAUCACCAUAUGUUGGAAAGCAGUGCCAGCUACGUUGCAUUUCUCUGCUCGGGAUGGAGGGAGGUGCAAUCGAGGAAUCCCAGAUUUCUGCUUCCUCCAUGCACUUCGGCAUUCUGGGUCUCCAGCGCUGGGGACCAGAGUUGGCUCGGCUCAACAACCAAGGCCUUGUCAACGCCUGGACAUCGGCCACACAUGACAGCAACCCCUGGAUCGAGAUUAAUAUGCAGAAGAAGAUGCGUCUGACGGGCAUCAUCACCCAGGGAGCCAGUCGCCUGGGCUCAGCCGAGUACAUCAAGGCCUUUAAGGUGGCGAGCAGCUUGGAUGGAAGUACUUAUAUCACAUACAGACUGGAUGGCCAAAGGAGGGACAAGGUCUUUAUUGGCAACACGGACAACGACAGCACAAAGACCAACAUUUUUGACCCUCCCAUCAUGGCGCAGUACAUCCGCAUCAUCCCUGUGGUCUGCCGCAAGGCCUGCACCCUGCGUAUGGAGCUGGUGGGCUGUGAAGUCAAUGUAUAUUCAAACACAUCAGGUUGCUCGGAGCCUCUGGGGAUGAAGUCUCGCCUCAUCUCCGACGGGCAGCUCACGGCCACCAGCACUUUCCGCACGUGGGGAAUCGACACCUUCACGUGGCAUCCUCAGUUUGCCCGCCUGGAUAAGCAGGGCAAGACAAACGCCUGGUCUCCCGCCAACAACAACCGCUCAGAGUGGAUCCAGGUCGAUCUAGAGAGGACAGCGCGCCUCACAGGCAUCAUCACUCAGGGGGCGAAAGACUUUGGUGUGGUGCUGUAUGUCUCUGUGUUUAAAGUUUCUUACAGUAACGAUGGAGAGACAUGGAGUACGGUGAAGGACGAGGACACUGGAAAUGACAAGCUUUUCGAAGGCAACAUCGACAACAACACGCACAAGAAGAAUGUCUUCGAGGCUCCGUUCUACGCCCGAUACGUCCGAGUGGUCCCCUGGGAGUGGCACGAGCGCAUCGCUCUACGCAUGGAGCUGCUUGGCUGCGAUGACUAGAAGCUCACGUUUUGUCAUUCACCUGUUCAUCUCCACAUUCAUCCAGCUGCUCCACCUUUACGGACCACAGUGGAGAAUGGAUCAUGAACAGAGUCAACCUGUUUUGUACUUUAUGGAGAUUGUGUUGAAUAGCUUGGACUUAAACACUUGUAGCACUUUUCUGACUAGUUAUUUUUUAUAUAUAUAUAUUUUAGUUUGGCAGUGCUCACACAGAGAGUGUGUGAAACUGAAGAGUAUCUAUGGUUUUAGGAACUUUUGGAUUCUUAAGCAAACCUGAUCAAGAUUGACUUCAGAACCCCCCGCCAUUCAGGAGAUUUAGUGUGUGAGAAUUAAUGACAUUUAACAGUGAGACUGAAGUGAGACUCCUCCACUCACUCCUCCCUUUCCGAGCAUGUCAAAUAACUGAAGUGACCUCGGCAUACAAGAAAAUAUGUAAUUCUUCUUCAGUUGCAGAGUAAGUAACUCAAAGCAAUGCGUAAAAUACAUAUAAAUUCUAAGGCUACGAAAAGCAAAUUAUUAUUAUUUUGUCUGCUGAAUCAUGAUCUUAAAUACAGUUUUUUCUAUAGAAUGAAUGUGGAAAGUCUUGACUUAUUAUUAUUUUCUAUAUUUCUCUAUUUGUUUCACAUGUCAAUUUUCCGGCAAUAUUGUGUCAGUUGCAAGAAAGCACUUUUUGUUGGACUGGAAGUGUAGUUGCUGCUGCUGUGCCUGUUUUGUGUAAUUUUUUUAUUGUGUCUUAUCAGCAGGCCAGGCACAACUUGGUGCCUGACGAAAAAAUAAAACAGAACUAAAAUGACUUACUGAAGGCACUCACACAAACAUAA